UUUACUCCACGCUUUUGGAACUGACAGCCCCCGGUGCGCACCAAACUGCGGCGCUCGCAGGGUCCCUGCGGCUUUGUAGUAUCGAAACUUAACGGCUCGGGGGAAGCUGCUGUUUUCUGUUUUUCUCUGCCGUGCACAUAGCUUCGCAGUUGGGGGUGUGGGAUUCGAGACGCCCCGGCAUCGGAUCCCGCACUUUCCGCCCCAAUGCGACACUGACGCAGCCGGUCUCGCAUCCCGGUGGCAGACAGGUGAUGCUCGAGUAAUUCAGUGGAGGGAGAGAUCGUCAGCGGAGGGAGUUUGAUCUGAAAAAGAAAAAGAAAAAAGAGAGACUUGUUCCCCCUGGAAUGGAAUACAACAGAGGAAAGCAGCCCCAACUUCUGUAAUCUGCAAUGAUUUUUCCGUGCGUCAUUGCGUCUUAGGAUCAGAAGCGGGUCUCGCGCCGAAGGACAGUCGUACUUGGACUCGCUUUCAGGUUUACAAGAGCUACCCACAAUGUCCAAGACACUGAAGAAGAAGAAGCACUGGUCCACCAAAGUGCAGGAGUCCACCGUGUCGUGGGGGGGUACCGGGGAGUUGGUCACGGUAGUUGAGGUGCGAGGCGGCGCCGAGCUGGGAGAGUUCCCGUACCUCGGACACAUAGUUUCGGACGCGCUGGUUUGCCACGCCGGGAGGUCGCCCAGCAGCGGGGACGUGCUGCUGGAGGUGAACGGCACUCCGGUGAGCGGACUCACCAACCGAGACACACUGGCCGUCAUCCGCCACUUUCGGGAGCCCAUCCGCCUGAAGACCGUGAAACCAGGUAAGGUGUUGAAUACAGAUCUGCGUCACUACCUCAGUCUGCAGUUUCAGAAGGGCUCCCUGGACCAUAAGCUCCAGCAGGUGAUCAGGGACAACCUGUACCUGCGUACCAUUCCCUGUACCACUCGGCAGCCCAGGGAGGGGGAAGUUCCGGGCGUGGACUACAAUUUCAUCAGUGUGGGGGAGUUCCGUGAGCUGGAAGAAAGUGGAUUGCUGCUGGAGAGUGGCACCUAUGAUGGCAACUACUAUGGGACCCCUAAGCCCCCUGCAGAGCCCAGCCCCGUGCAGCCGGACUUGGUGGACCAGGUCCUGUUUGAUGAGGAAUUUGACACGGAGGUCCAGCGAAAACGCACAACCUCUGUCAGUAAGAUGGAUAGAAAGGACAGCGCCGCACCCGAGGAGGAGGAGGAGGAAGAGAGGCCUCCUUUGGUCAACGGCCUGGCUGAGCACAAGGACAAGGCGGAGUGGAGGAAGACGGUGCCCAGCUACAACCAGUCAGCUGGGGCCAUGGACCUGCGUGUAUGGAACACACAGGAUGAAAGUCAGGAGCCCUUACCUAAAAACUGGGAGAUGGCCUACACAGAGACCGGCAUGGUCUAUUUCAUAGAUCACAACAGCAAGACCACUACUUGGCUGGAUCCCCGCCUUGCCAAGAAAGCCAAGCCUCCUGAGAAAUGCGAGGAAGGAGAGUUGCCCUACGGCUGGGAGAAGAUUGAGGACCCUCAGUACGGCACCUACUACGUAGACCACAUCAACCAAAAGACCCAGUUUGAGAAUCCAGUGCUGGUAGCAAAAAGAAAGUUGAGUGUGGACACGCCUACUGCAGUACCGCUGCCAGCAGCCACGCCCUCAGAAGAGCCUGGCAGGGAAGUGCGGCGCUUCACGCGAGACCCAUCUCAGCUGCAGGGCUGUAUCCUGCAGACUGCGCUUAGAAAAAGCCCCCAGGGCUUCGGGUUCACCAUCAUCGGAGGAGACCGACCUGAUGAGUUCCUUCAGGUCAAAAAUGUCCUUCCGGAAGGGCCUGCUGCGCACGACAACAAGAUCGCCUCAGGGGACGUGAUCGUGGACAUCAAUGGGACAUGUGUGCUGGGGAAGACUCAUGCUGAUGUGGUGCAGAUGUUCCAGUCCAUCCCGGUCAACCAGUAUGUGGACAUGGUCCUGUGCCGGGGCUACCCCCUGCCCGAGGAUACCAGCAACAGUGAGGAGGCCUCGGGAGGCCUUUGCACCUCCAAGGACACUUCCCCUUCGCCCUCCACCUCCACGCCACAGGACCCUCACUACACAGUCACAGACGGAGGAACCCUCUCCAGGCAGACUGCUGCAGUGCCACCCAUGACCAAUGGUGGACGCCACCACUACCAUCCUCAUCCCCACCAGCACCACCACCACCUCCCUCAUGUCCCCAACCAAGAAGGCCCAGACCCCACUCUGUUACAGCCCGAGCUGGUGGGCGUGCCAUUGGUGAAAGGCCCUGGAGGUUUCGGCUUCGCCAUCGCAGACUGCCCCCUAGGCCAAAAGGUGAAGAUGAUCCUGGACGCCCAGUGGUGCCGCGGCUUGUUGAAGGGCGACGUUAUCAAGGAGAUAAACAGGCAGAACGUCCAGACGUUGAGCCACUCCCAGGUGGUGGACAUCCUCAAAGACCUGCCCGUGGGGAGCGAGGUCAACGUGCUGGUGCUCAGAGGAGGUCAGACAUCUCCUGUGAAAUCACUCAAACCGUGCACCGCUCCCAUGUCCCAGGCCCUAUCCCAGCCUACUCCCCAACAGGCAUCCCAUCCUGCGCCCCAGCAACCGCCCCAUCCGUGCCCCCAGCCCAUAACCCAGCCCCAGCGACAGGAGGUAAUCAACAACGCAGAGAGCCUCAGUCAGCCGGAGAUGCCCCCAAAUCCGCUCUCCUUCCCCGCCAGCACCCUGCGCUCGUCGUCACCCAAACCGGACGCAUCUGAGCUCUACCUCAAGUCCAAGGCCAUGUUGGACAGCAAGCCUCCUAAUACCAAGGACCUGGAUGUGUUCAUCAAACGGAACCAGGAGUCAGGCUUCGGCUUCAGAGUCCUUGGAGGCGAGGGGCCAGAUCAGCCGGUGUACAUCGGUGCCAUUGUGCCACUCGGUGCAGCUGAGAAGGACGGGCGCUUGCGGGCGGGGGAUGAGCUGCUUUGUAUAGACGGUGUGCCGGUCAAGGGCAAAUCCCACAAACAAGUGCUGGACCUGAUGACCAACGCUGCCCGUAACGGCCAAGUGAUGCUGACCGUCCGUAGGAAACUGGCACACUCAGAUGGUGGCGGAGAGGAGGAGAGCAGUCAACAGCCCCACCAGGUGGCUUCGGCCCUGGUCAGCGGCUCUCCAAAGAUGCCUCGUGUCGAGGUGCCAAGUGCCGCCCAGCAAGCCCAGUCCCCUCGGCCGGAGUGCUUUGAUGUUACUCUGCAGCGCAAAGACAACGAGGGUUUUGGUUUUGUCAUCCUCACCUCCAAGAACAAGCCCCCGCCUGGAGUUAUACCUCACAAGAUUGGCCGUAUCAUUGAGGGGAGCCCUACGGACCGCUUAGGUCAGAUGAAGGUGGGAGACCGCAUCUCUGCCGUCAACGGCCGGUCCAUCAUGGAGCUGUCGCACAACGAUAUCGUCCAGCUCAUCAAGGAUGCCGGCAAUUCAGUCACCCUCACUGUUGUGCCUGAAGAUGACAGUACUCCUCCAUCUGGAACAAAUUCUGCCAAGCAGAGCCCUUCGGCACAACACAGAGCUGUGGGCCAACAGCCUCCCAGCUACCCAGACAGGAAUGGUGACAGUGAGGCGAAGAACGCUUUCCCACAAAGAGAGAUGGGUACACUCAUCACAUCAGGCCCUAAACAGGGCUGCUUUGUGGUGGAGCUGGAGCGCAGUCAGCGGGGCUUCGGCUUCAGUCUGAGGGGAGGGAAAGAGUAUAACAUGGGACUGUUCAUCUUGCGACUGGCUGAGGACGGACCUGCUCUUAAAGAUGGCAGGAUACAUGUUGGGGAUCAGAUAGUGGAGAUCAACGGCGAGGCCACCCAGGGCAUCACACACACUCGGGCAAUUGAGCUGAUCCAAGCAGGGGGCAGUAAAGUUCAUCUGCUGCUCCGACCUGGCCAGGGUUUGGUCCCAGAUCACAGUUCAAAGGACAAAGUAACCAUUCCAACCUCAAGCUUUCCCAGACUCUCGGUAUCUGACGGGCAGUCAUCUCCAGCCUCUCCAUCCUCUGUCUCCCUCUCCAUCUCCGAACUGUCCCCGUCUUCGCCCAAAAUAUCUGUCCCUGAUGAGUUCUCUGGGGGGGACCCCAGGGCAUCUGGUUCCCCUGGCACUGGGCAGGAACAUGGUAGACAGGCCAACAGAUCAAGAGGACAGCAGCUCCCUCACCACAACCAUAAGCACACCACCAGCCCUACCACCCGGACCCGAAAGACCAGCAAGAGUGACUCCAAGUCUGCUAGUCCCAAAAGAGCCACUGAAGGCUGGGCAGAUCAUGUAGAGCGCUCCCAGAGCCCUAAAAAAACAGAGCGAGGCCACAGCGGAUCCUUGGAAGAUAUGAGCAAGGCGAAAAAAAUCCAAGGACAGAGGGACCACUACUCCUCUAGUUCCAGGAAGAGCUCCAAGAGGGAACAUGACCCUGCUGUGCCUUUGAAGAACCUUGAGGAGCCCCAGAGCCCCAGGCGUCCAGCUGGUCAGCAGCCCAGCAUUCCCUCUGGAGAAGGGAAGGGCCGGAGGUACAAGGAGGAGGAGGCAGCUUACUGGCAGGAGAGGGGGGCUACAGAGAGUGGGGAUAAAAGCUGGGGGACCAGUGAACGCCACAGGAAGGGCAAAAGGGCUGAGCAAGAGGCAGUGGCACAGAAAUCCCAUUCCCAAAUGCACAGGGAGAGGGCGGGGUCAGACGCUGACGGUGGAACCCUGAGCCGAAAGAGUGGAAGAGAGAAGGGGGACAAAGAAUAUUGGGAGAGUAAGUACCAUGGGCCGACUGAAGACAUGAAUAAAAAGGACCCCAGAGGUUCAAACAGUAGCAUCCAGGACCCCAGCUACAAUGGGACCCCCACCAGCAAGAAGGCUCCCAUCACCCCGGGCCCAUGGAAGGUUCCCAGUUCUGCCAAGAUCCAGUCUCAAGUGGACGCAACGUUCGCAGAUAUCUGAUACCUUCCAGGACUCUCUGCGUUUUUUAAGAGAAAGCUGAGCCUCUGAGAGAUGGCCAUUCAGAAUGGAAGGAUUUUUUUUUUUUUAGCAGUCUCGGACAAAGCGGAUCACUGUGUAACCAGCAACAUAGCUUCUAUUUGCUUAUGAUUUUUUUUUUUUUCCCACCCAGUUCGCCUCGGUUAGUUUGCAUCAAAGCUGCUGCUGCCCGAUCUGCCAUACAUGCUUGUACCUACAUGAGUAUUUGUACUGUACGAUGACUAGAGCCAUGUGCGUGCAACAGAUGGGUUCUGAGUGUGAUUUUUUUUUUUUUGGAUGCGACACUGAAGUCUAUUUUGUGCCAAUCAGAGACUCCGGUUAGAAAGAAGCUGCUCCGUAUUGCACUCACUGUGAGACUAUUCGUGGGUAAUUGGAUGAACCGCUCUCCCUGUCUACCCACUCCCAUGAAGGAUCCUGCUUUUUUUUUUUUUUUCGGUCAUUUUGAAGUUUUAAGGCAAACUUUGUACAAUCCACUCAGCUUCUCUUCCUGGCAAGAUUUGAGUCACUGUCGCUGUCACCGAUGGAUGUAUUAAAAGAAAAAAAAGAGUGAGGCUGGUGAGUUUUUUCUUAGGAGUGUCUUCGAAGUCCUCUACGGUCCGUUCUCUCAAGAGUCCGACCAGAGCUAUGAACUGUGUGUGACUGCAUUCCCUGCGCCCUGAAACACUUCACAUCCCUCAGCUUAUCGGAGGGUGGAACGGACCACCCCUUGAGCUUUAUAUGCAUCAAUCAGCAGACCAGAUACUUGUGGUUAUAGUUCUAAUGUUUGUUACGUGUGUGUGUGUGUGUUAAUAAUAAAGCAUAAUGUAAUUUAUUGAAAUUAUAUGUAAACAAGAGUCAGUGCUCGAGUCGGUGCACACACCCGUGCUGAGUCAUUUCACCUUGGAUGUGGACUCAAAGAUAGAAAUAGACUGUGCAGAUAAGCAUCGCCGUCUAAAAUAACAAAACACUGUGUGGAACUGCAAUCUAUACCUUCUAUUUCUAAGAUUGCAUCGUCCGUAAACGGUCACAUGAGCCUGAUCCAUAAUGUUCUGUACCGUCAGCGGCUCUGUGUUUUAGGUCCCCUGCCUAUGCGUGCGUGCGUGCGUGUGCGUGUGUGUGUGUGUGU